CACCACCCACCACCACCACCACCCAACACCACCACCACCACCACCACCCACCACCAAACCGCCUCGAGUCACGUCCAGGGUGCUCCCGAUGUAACGGACCCGAUGACGAUCCCCGAGUCUCAAGACGCGGGUUUGGAGCGCAGCUGAGCGAGGAAUCAAACUUGGUACCUCAGCGGUUCGCGGCACCUCCCCCCACCGCUGCCCCCCCCCCCCCACCAUUUACCCCACCACCAUCUAUCCACCCCGCGCCCCCCACAACGACUACAAGCCCGCCAUUAUGGACCUCCACUGUAAAGGGGACCCCUUCGUCAGCAUGCACAGGCACGGCGGGGUCAAUCAGCUGGGCGGGGUGUUCGUGAACGGGAGACCGCUGCCGGACGUGGUCCGGCAAAGGAUCGUGGAGUUGGCGCACAGCGGGGUGCGACCGUGCGACAUCUCGCGCCAGCUGCGCGUGUCGCACGGGUGCGUCUCCAAGAUCCUCGGCAGGUACUACGAGACGGGCAGCAUCAAACCGGGCGUCAUUGGCGGCUCCAAGCCCAAAGUGGCGACUCCCAAGGUGGUGGAGAAGAUCGCCGAGUACAAGCGGCACAACCCCACGAUGUUCGCCUGGGAGAUCCGGGACCGUCUGCUCGCCGAGGCGGUGUGCGACCCCGACAGCGUUCCCAGCGUUUCCUCCAUCAACAGGAUAAUCCGGACCAAGGUGCAGCAGCCGUUUCAUCCCAGCCCUCAAGACAGCCCAGGACAAGGACUGCCCAGUGGACACACCAUAGUGUCCAGCGGGGCCAUGACGCCCGUGGAGAGCUCCCUGGGCCCCAGUUCCUACUCCAUCAGCGGGAUCCUGGGCAUCCCCCGGGCCAACGGGGACGCCAAGAGGAAGCGAGACGUGGUGGACGCGGCUCUGCACGGCGGCGAGGGGCGUUGUGGGGGGGUCCCUCACGCGGGAGGCCGCAAGCAGCUACGGGUCGACGCCUUCGCACAGCAGCAGCUGGAGGCCCUGGAGCGCGCCUUCGAGCGGCAGCACCACUACCAGGAGCCCUUCGCCUCCUCCUCCGCAGCCUCCAGCGAGGCCGUCAAGGCCGAGCAGGCCGCGGAGUUCUCACCCCUGUCGCUGGCAGGAGGAGGAGGAGGAGGAGGCGGGGGGAGUCUGGAAGACGGGAAAGGACUGAGUGGGGCUCACACGGCUCACCAAGCCUACCCACUCGUUGCAGGUAGAGAAAUGGGCAACACAACACUGCCCGGGUACCCGCCACACGUACCCCCAGGCGGCCAGGCUGGCUACCCGACCUCCUCCCUGGCUGGCAUGGUACCCACGCCCGAGUUCUCCGGGAACCCGUACCCACACGCUCAGUACGCAACCUACAACGACACGUGGAGAUUUACCAACUCGGGGCUUCUGGGUUCCCCCUACUACUACAGCACGGCGACGCGCGGGGCCGCCACCCCGGCCGCCACGGCCGCGUUUGACCGCCACUAGUGGCGGGUCAAAGUUCGACGCCCACACCGUGGACGACGCAGAGAUCCCCUGCGCGAGCGCGGACGACGCGGGAAGUGCGGUGGACGUCGGUGAAACCCCCCACCAUCACCCCCCCCCACCCCAUCACCCCUCCCCCCCUCCCAACUCACUCGGCCGCCACCACUCAGCUCGCAAGAGAGCGGAAACGACGUCCUUUUGAUACCGAGCGUGACUUUGUACGAGACACCGGCCGCCACUGGCUCUCAAUCCCGAAAAAUCAACCAAUCGCACGGUCAGGACAGCUCGCGUCGGUGCAAAGGUGCAGCCGUGCAAUUGCUUUGCCCAUGCCGCUGCUGCUGGGAGACGGACGUCUUAUCCAGAGAGAGAGCCCCACCCCCUCCACCUUCUCUAGAUGUUAUCUUGGCCUACUCUUCCACGCUGGGCAGACGUCUUGCAGGAAGCGGCGUGGGAGUGCCCCGUGCAGUCACCCCGCAGGGCGCACGUUCAGCCCUGACGGUCGCCUCGCAGCUCGGUUCGGCCGCGCCAGAAGCGUCCACCGCUCGCACGGCUCGGAAAAAUUGUCAAACUUUCACUGUGUGUUCAAUCGGAAACGUGGACCAUAACGGGGCCACAAUGGGAUCAAGUAGCGGGAACAUAACGGGGCGAUCGUGAGACCACAUCGGGACCACCUUGCAGCGAGAGGGAGAAGCGUACGUUCGAGGUCGUCAAGGGAGCCGGGAUCAUCUCAGCGCCGGCAUCUCGCGAUCUCUCCGAUCGCGCUCUCUCCGACGGCGUCACCGCUGGGGUUUGUCCUGUGCCCCCGAACAACACGCGGGGGACAAAACCGCCGGGGGAGGGGGUGCUUCUGGAGCCUGGCACGGAUCAAUCGGUGAGGAUCCGACCCCGCGGUGGAGCUUUCGAAAGUGGAACUUUAACAACAACAAAAAAAAAGCGAAACGGGUGGCGGAAUGCGGCUGUAGCCUCAUUUCUCUCACGCUCAAACUCAAGGUCUCCGAAGUGGUUCUGUGGUGUCUGCUUCAGUGGGCUUUCUUCUGCGCUCUGAGAGAGUUCCAAAGGGAUUCUUCGUCUCGAAGACACGGCAAAGCGACCGAUGGCGCAGUGGGAAUAAAAUUGCUGGAAGGUGGAGGGGGACGGUGGGGUUGGGGGGGGGGGAGAAGAAAUGAAACAAUACUUUUCACAAAUAAAUAACUUAACGUCGUUACAAUUAGGCAUCAUCCGCAAGCUCGGGAGCCGGAGCCACGAUUGUCCACAGCACCCGGGCGAGUUAUUUACAACCAACUGAGGAGUUGUUUUUUUGGGGUUCUGCUGGGCUCUCGAAGACGGCACGGUGUCCGACGUUUCACCACCCAGCUCCUGGGAGCUUCUUCGUCAACACGAGUCGUCGAAGCCGUCGGACACAAGUCGCGGCACACAAAACGGAGCCCGCGUCGCGCAUCUCCGCAGCUCGGCCGCGGGAAAAAAAGUAAACCCUACGCAGUCUCGUUAAUUCUGUUCAUUUUGCUCAAUUGCAAUUUUUUUGUCUUUUACCGGUGACGUUGCAAUGCGGCACAACGGUUCUUCGCGUGGAAUUCACCCCAAAAGCCAUUUCAUCGUUGGGCUGAGUCAACCCGCGCAGCGAGAUGAGAAGGGCUGGGCACGCUGGACGUGUGCGUGGAGAUGUAGUGGCUGAGUGAUAGGGGGCAGUUGCUCCAUACAAUGCAACCAGAAUCGAGAAUAAGUGGACCAUUCCGGCCUCCCCUCUUCGAGGAAGAACGGAGAUUAUUUUACAGGUGAGAGCAGGCAGGUGACGUCACUUCAUCAUCAUCAUCAAUUAUCAUCAGCCAUGAUCAAUGCAUUGCUGGGUGAAGACGCGAGUCGAUUUCAUCGCUCCACCUCCUCUGGGACGGGUUCCACUCCUAGGCUGCCGCUCCGUACAUUGUUAAGACAUAAAUCAUGGAUCGCCAUACCAGGAUUGGUCACUUCAUUCAAUAAUGACCAGAUCAACGUGAAUCCACCCAACCACCCAACCUUGGUCAGAUCGCAAAAGCUAAGCAGUGGCUCAUCGUGUGGAAAUUUAUAGCAGCUACAGGACCCGGAUAAAAAUCCACAUUACCACGGGGAGAACACGCAAACUCCAAAUAUACAGCAGCAGGCGUCAGGGUCGGGAUCGAACCCACGACCUCCUGUAAACCAGGCGAGAUAGUUGACAUCUCGCUCCCAUCACGCCCAUAAAUGUCAUUGGCCAAUAUCCCAAUGGAGCAGUGGGACCCUCAUUAAAACAACUAUUGAAAUUCGAUUAGGCUUUUCUUGCGUAUAUAAAGGACAUUGUUAAUAACUAUUAUUAGAAUAUAAUCAUUCCUAUUCUGACCAUUUUUUUUUUAUUAUUUGCUUCGCGAGAGAAAUUUUAAUUUCGGCCGCUUCCCAAAAAGUCAACGUGUGCAGGGAUAAACGACACAAAUAAUAAAAAACACAAAACGAGUUCCGGUUCGCGGCUUAAAUUCCUCCAAUUCAACUCAGGCGGACGCUGCCACCCACCGUGGCGUAACGGUUAUUGUCCACCCAGCAGUAUAAGUGGGUUCAUCGUAGUGGUGGGGUCAAGCAGUGGGUUACGUCCAUCUCUUUCAAAAGGAUGUCCAGCCAACGUGGGAGAGGAGGCCGGAAUACCCGCUCGAGGGACUCUUGAGAGUCACCCUCGAGAACUUCUUCCAGUGGGAGGUGCCUCUCUUCCAGACGGGGCUUGAGAAAGCCACCGCACGGUUUCAUCACAUGUUGCCCUUUAGAAACGCUUGCAGUCAGAUCCGACCAGACGCGCUAUUCAAACGUCUCUCCAUCGCAUCACCAUCCCCGCUCACCUCUCUGCCAUCCCCCACCACCGCUCAAAAAAAAUUACCAACAACAACAAUAACAAAACACAUACACCAGAUCACCAUCGCCACAGUCGGAAUACACCGUCGUGUGUUCCAAACACAAACAUCUCCAUUAUCGCCAUCCACUUCCUCACCCCCCUCCGCCCCCAAACAACAAAAAAAAUCGG